AUGCGCCCUCGUCCUUCACAGGAGCCGUGCGUGCAAAAAAGUGAGCCCCUCCCUCUGCGACCAAUUGCGGGUGCCAUGCGGUCCACACCGCACGUGGUUGCCCACUUCCUCCGCGCCGACUUCGCUCGCGGUGCCUUGCCUGUCUUCCGAGGCGCCCGCGCGAGCCCGGACAACGGGAGCAGCCGCCUGCUGGCGGCGUACGCGGCGGUCGGCGGCAACUUCCUGGGGCCCCUCGUCGGCCACGACGGCCGCAACGCCUUCCUGCUCCGCGACCUGUGGCGCUGCCUGGAGCUGGUCCGCGGCCACGAGCGGAGCCAGAGCGUCUGGUACCGCCAUCUGGGCUUCAGCAGGCUGGACCUGCACUGGGUGGCGAUGCCGCCGCCGCUGGAGCUGCUGCGGCGGGCGGACCCCGGCGCGGUGUGGAUCCCCGACGGCCAGGACUGGGACGGCCUUAACGACCGCUUCGCGAUCGUGCCGCGCCGCUGGGCCAGCGCGUACUUCGGGCGCUGGCCGCGCCUCCUGAACGGCUCCCUGCUGCCGGCCGUGCGGCGCGCGGCGGGCGGCGCGCGGCUCGCGCUGCGGUUCGAGGCGGGCCCCGAGUGGCUGCUGCUCGCGGGCCUGCGCGCGGCGGGGGCGCCGGUGAGGCGCUUCUCGCCGGUGGCGGCCGUGCUGUGCCAGCCAGGCUCCAGGCGUGGGCGCUACGGCCGCUGCACGCGACCCUGGCCGCCCGCGGGGCGGAGCUUCAAGUACAGCGCCGAGGCCUCCGAGGCGCACGCCAACGCCGCGCGCCUGCGGCUAGAGGGCUGGGGCUGGCGCGCCGCGGAGGAGGCCCCCGUGCUGAGCCCAGCGUGCUUCGAGGCCCCGGCCGACGCGCGUCCUGCUGCUCUCCCGCGGCGGGCCUGGGCGGCGACGCGAACUGCUGGACGGACGUCUACAGCGCGCAGCGUUGCUGCAGCGGCGGCGCUCGCUUCGGCGCGUGGGCGCUGCCCUCCGAGCGUCAGGCCGCCGAGCUGCUGCGGGAAAACGCCUCGGCGGCCGGGACGGCCUGCUGGCGCGUGGUGGAGGGCGUGUCGAUGUGCGUCAGUCGGGCGGCGCUGGGGCGGCUCGCGGCUCCGGCGGCGCGCCGCCCGGCAGGCCCUGAGAUCCAGGCGCUGCAGGUUUGUGCACGCUGGACGUCUUCGCGCCUGGUAUCAGAUCGUGAAUUACCUACCCCGCUUUCGCUUCCAGGCAAAACCAAGUCAUACCACGCGCCUCCUCGUCAAGCGGCCUGACCAGUACAGGCCGUAG